GGCGAAAGGAAGGGCAGCCUUCUCUUUUGCCCCUACUCUGCAGAAGACAACAGAGCAGAGGAAGCGGCAUCACACAACCCCCAUCCCAUGUAUGGUGAUGAUCAUGUAUGGCCCCAUGCAUCUCCAUCCACAGUGCACAGAUAGAGGAGAGAGACACGUCAAAGAGGGAGAUCAAGAGAGAGAGGCAUGGAGAAUCCCAAUGUGCAGAGCCAGACACCAGAGUGGAGUCUGCCUUCUCCAAAUAAAUAAAAUAAAAUAAAUGCGGUCAUAUCCCCUCUCUCUCUUUCUCUCUCUAAAACCCAUCCCUCUCUCUCUCAUCAAGAACCCCAUGUUUGUUUAUUACCCCCUCUUCCCCUCCCCCUCCCCCUCCCCCUCCCCCUCAGUUAGGGCAUAGCCAUCGUCUCCUCUCUUUCUCUCUCUAGAUGACCCAUGACCAACCUUCCGCCAUGUCCAUCGACUCCGACGAUAACGCCCCACCAGACCCCUCCCCUGCCGCCUCAGCCGUCGGAUCCACCAAACAACGGCCAGAUCUCCAGGCCGCCUUCACCGACGAUGUCCUCGAGAGCGUCCUCCGUUUUGUGACCCACCGCAGGGACCGUAACGCGGUUUCUCUGGUCUCUCAAGCCUGGUACAAGGUUGAAGCUCGGACAAGGAGCGAGGUCUUCAUUGGGAACUGUUAUGCAAUCGAGCCGGAGCGUGUGGCUGAGAGGUUUGAUAGGGUUCGGACCCUGGUCCUCAAGGGCAAGCCCAGGUUCGCUGAUUUUGACCUGGUGCCUCACAAUUGGGGUGCUCACUUUUCGCCAUGGGUUAGGGCAAUUGCUCAGAGGGGUUUUCAAUGGCUUGAGAGGGUUAGCUUGAAGAGGAUGAGUGUAACGGAUGAGGAUAUUGGGGUUUUGGCUAGGGUUUUUCCAGGGUUUAAGGAGCUUUCCCUGGUUUGUUGCGAUGGGUUCUCCACAAAGGGGCUUGCGGUUUUGGCUGGAGGUUGCAGGCAACUUAGAGGGCUCGAACUUAUCGAAGAUGAUGUUGUUGAUGAUGGUGUUGACUGGUUAGCCUGUUUCCCAGAGACCACCACUUCCCUGGUUUCCCUUUGCUUCGAUUGUGUUGAAUGUGCAGUAAAUUUUGACGCAUUAGAGAGCUUGGUAGCUAGAUCCCGUUCAUUGAAGAAACUCACACUGAACAGGCAUGUCUCAGUAGGUCAGCUUCAACGGCUAAUGCUUAGAGCUCCUCAGCUAACUCAUCUUGGCACUGGCUCAUUUAGCCCAGAUCCUAAUGCUCCAGACCAAGAAGUGGAUUUAGUAUCUGCGUUCAAUGCCUGCAAAUUCUUGCACUGUCUCUCUGGCUUCAGGGAGAUCUUGGCAGAGUACUUGCCGGCCAUUUCUCCAGUUUGUGCCAACUUAACAUCGCUCAACCUCAGCCUUGCCGAUAUCACAGCUGCAGAGCUUGAAGCGAUAGUAUUUCAAUGCCAUAAGCUUCAGCUUCUUUGGGUCCUUGAUUCAGUGAGAGACCGUGGCCUCCAAGCUGUGGCCUCGACAUGCAAGGAUCUGAGAGACCUACGUGUUUUCCCUGUUGAUCCACGCGAAGAUAGCGAGGGUGGGGUCACUGAAGUGGGUCUUGUAGCCAUCUCGGAGGGAUGCAGAAAGCUCCAAUCCAUCCUCUACUUCUGCCAACAAAUGACCAAUGCAGCUGUGGUGACUAUGUCCAGAAACUGCUCUGAACUUACUGUCUUUCGCCUCUGCAUAAUGGGGAGACACAGGCCUGAUCAUGUCACUGGGGAGCCCAUGGAUGAAGGGUUUGGAGCCAUUGUUAGGUAUUGCAAAAAACUUACUAGGCUUGCAGUGUCGGGUCUUCUCACUGAUAGGGCCUUCAUGAACAUUGGAAUGUAUGGCAAGACUGUUCAAACCCUUUCAGUAGCUUUUGCAGGAGAUAGUGAUAUGGCACUCAAAUAUGUGCUUGAAGGGUGCCCUAAUUUGCAGAAGCUUGAGAUCAGGGAUAGCCCAUUUGGAGAUGCCGGGUUGCUCUCUGGUGUUCACCAUUACUGUAACAUGAGGUUCCUUUGGAUGUCAUCUUGUAGGCUUACUAUGAGUGGUUGUCAAGAGGUGGCGCGGAGCUUGCCUCACCUUGUUGUGGAAGUGAUUAGAGAAAGAGAGGAGCAGGGCGAUGAUGACUCGGUUGAGAAGCUGUAUUUGUAUCGAUCAGUUUCAGGACCGAGGAAUGAUGCUCCCCCCUUUGUUUCCAUCAUGUAACGUUUCCUAGGAGUAAGUUUAGAAAAUGGAUUUUUCAUCCUUCCUCAAAAAAAAAAGAAAAAAAAAACAUGGGUUUUUCAUCUGCGGGCCGAUGACCACCUUACUGAUUCCCUGAGUGAACUGAAGGAUGUGGUGGGUAGCUCUGAAGACACAGGAAAAGAAAACCUAGUUUGCAUUUGUUAAUUAUGCUUUUACAGUCAUAAUUCUUUCUCAGCUAGGGCUAUUGGAAUGGCAUUUGCAGGGGGAAGACUGUAAAGAGCAUCGCUUUUUUUGGUGCUUCUUUUUUAUCUUCUACUGUGUUCUCUAUCUCUCUCUGUGUUCUUUCUGUCUCUCUUUUUAAAUUUCCCAGCCCUUUGUGGGAAAAGCUGAUGUGGGAGUGGAUGCAGCCAAAGGUCGUAUGGAGCUCAAGAAGAUCAUGUGGUGGUGUCGGUUUUAAAGGCCAUUUUUUCAUGUUAUCUUCAUGCAAUCCACCUUAUCAUAAAAGCAAGGCUGCAAAAGUGGGCCUCUUGGGGUGUUUUUAAGCCCCAAGGGAUACUGAAUUCUUUCACACCCCCAACCUGCAAUCAUCCAGUAUUUCUCUCACAUUUGUGGCCUUUGGAGCUGCAAAGGAAGGUAAAGAAGAAGAGUAUUUCUUUCACAUUUGUGGCCUUUGGAGCUGCAAAGGAGAUGAGCCGAGAGAGACAAAAGGAUAAACUUCAAGUAUUUUAUUCCUUUUAAUGAAGCCUUUCUCUUCACCUUUUUUUUUUUUUAAAAUUAGAAAUUGUGGUUGAUUUGAUCUGAUAUUAUGAUGAUGUGAAGGGUGGGAAGCUUUUGCCACGGAAAUGUUGGGACUUCGUAGUUAUGUUUUUUUGCUUCCAAUUUCAUGAUUGGUGUGUAGUAGUUUAAACUAUGAGAGAUGUCAUGAAUGCCUAAAGUUGGAAAAAGUAUUGGACUUUCAUUUAAGCAUGAAAGACCCAUCGUUAUCUAGA